UGGGGACGUGUAUAAAAGCAUUUGCUACGUAGAAGCUUCCCUAAUCACUUUUCUUUUACUCUCCUCCUUGGAUGAUCCGGCUCUUCCCCUCCCCAUGUCUCCCUUCCACGAGUGCUGCCUGCCCCCGGGCCUGGCGUGCCCCGAGCCCUUCGCCGUGACCCGCAACGAAACGUGCGUCAUCAAAUACCCCGACACCGUGGUGGACAUCGUGGAGCCCGAUUUCCCGCCCUACUCCGUCAUCUACCCCGGGCCCACCCUGACCACCUUCCCCCAGCAGACCCUGGUGGGCUCCACGGGCCUGCUGGACAUCAGGAACCUGCUGGGCCCGCGGGGAUUCCCUGGGUUUGGGGGCCAACCUAAACCUUGCCUGGAUAUCUGUGGAUAGACCGGGAAGCAGAGCUGAGCCCCGACUAAAGGUUAUUGGAUAAUGGAUUGUAGAAGUGCCGAGCUCCCGAGGUUCCCAUGGAGUCCAAAAAUCCCGGGAUUCCUGUUCCAUGGAGUCCAAAAAUCCAAAGAUUCCUGAUCCCAUGGAGUCCAUAAAUCCAAAGAUUCCUGUUCCCAUGGAGUCCAAAAAGCCAAAGAUUCCUGAUCCCAUGGAGUCCAUAGAUCCAAAGAUUUCUGUUCCCAUGGAGUCCAAAAAUCCAAAGAUUCCUGUUCCCAUGGAGUCCAUAAAUCCAAAGAUUUCUGAUCCCAUGGAGUCCAAAAAUCCAGAGAUUCUUGUUCCCAUGGAGUCCAUAAAUCUAGUGCCAGAUUCCUGGCACUAGACCUGCCCAAGGACUAGAAUUUCCAAACUACGAGAAAACUGAAAUAUCUCUAUUGACCUCAUUCCAAUUAGAAUUAACCAAAGCUCAGAAUUUUCCAAGAAACCAGAUCUAAAAAACAUAU